AUGGGAGCCGCCAGGGCGUUGUCCCUUCAAGACGCACGGUUAUACGAUAACAAGGAGGGCGCAUGCCACACGCCUGUUGAAUACGCAGGACAAGGCUUCCAUUCCUUUACAGCAAGUGCGCGUCCCGCUGCUGGAGAUAUAUUGAAUCCCCUGGCGAUGCCGGCCACCUCAACGUGGUGCCAGGGUCCAGUACCCCGUAUCAUCGGGGGAAGCCAAGAGCCAGCAGAGUUCCUUUCAUGGGGAACACUGCUGUGCUCCGGCUACGGCAUCAUACAGCACAGGGAUCAGCAGCGUCUUCCUGGGACACCGUUUUUCAUUUGUCGGUCCCUGGGUACGUGCCAGCGUGCCAUCAGCAGUAUCAUCCGCACUAAGAUGCUGCUGUCCGGUGAUGUGGACCUCCGAAAAAAAAGGAUUGCCAAUUGGCAUCUUUGGGAGAGUCCAGGGUGGGAGGCUUCUCGCCCCAUCUGCUGUAUUCCGUUCAUAUGCGGAAAUACAACAAAAAUUAUAGAGGGUGUGUUAGGAUGA